CGAGUUUAUCUCCACUCUCUAUGCUCCCCCCUUUCGUCCUCUUCCAUUCACAAAACCAAAUCCAAAAUUAACAAAAUGUGUCUCUAUCAGCAACCCCACGUCAAUUCUUCGGCUUCUUCUGGCAUGUAUUCUUGAUCCAAAAUCAUUUUUUUUAAGAUUUUCUGAAUUGGGGAUUCAAGUUAAAGAUGUCUACCUUUGAGGGUGUGUUUGUUAAUGAUCAAUGGCUCCAAAGCCAAUUUACUCAAGUGGAGCUUCGUAAACUUAGAACCAAAUUUGUUUCAGCUAGAAAUCAAUCUGGCACAGUCACAAUACAGGACUUGCCGCCGGUUUUGGCGACAUUAAAGCCCUUUAACGAGGUAUCAAGCGAGGAGGAUGUUAAAAAUACGUUAAAUGAUUCGUAUUCUAACUUGGCCAAAGAGUUGGAUUUUGAGGGCUUCCUUCGGGUAUAUCUGAAUUUACAAUCUCGAGCAAGUGCGAAAAUGGGAACUUCAAAAACCUUCAGAACGACUUCAUCGUUUGUGAAAUCGGGGACAACUCUUCUUCGCCACAGCAUUAGCGAAACAGAAAAAGCUUCAUAUGUUUCUCAUAUUAACAACUAUCUUGGAGAAGAUAAAUUUUUGAAGCAAUUUCUUCCUAUAGACCCUGCUACCAAUGCUUUAUUUGAUCUUGCUAAAGAUGGAGUUCUUUUAUGUAAGUUGAUUAACGUGGCUGUCCCUGGUACGAUAGAUGAACGUGCUAUUAACACUAAAAAGGUUCUUAAUCCAUGGGAAAGAAACGAGAAUCACACUCUUUGCCUCAAUUCUGCAAAAGCUAUAGGCUGCACCGUAGUUAACAUUGGCACACAGGAUUUGGUUGAAGGAAGACCCCACCUAUUACUCGGGUUGAUCUCUCAGAUUGUUAAGAUACAACUUCUAGCAACUGUUGAUAUAAAGAAAACUCCUGAGUUGGCAGCAAUGGUUGAAGAUAGCAAGGAAGCGGAAGAGCUCAUGGGUUUGGCUCCGGAAAAGGUUCUUCUAAAAUGGAUGAACUUCCAGUUGAAGAAAGCAGGCUACAAAAAAGAAGUUACAAACUUUUCAUCGGAUCUAAAGGACGGAGAGGCGUAUGCACAUUUACUCAAUGUUCUUGCCCCUGAACACGGUACUACUAAAACUUUGGAGACGAAAGAUCCCACAGAAAGAGCAAAGUUGAUCAUUGAACAAGCAGAGAAAUUGGACUGCAAAAGAUAUGUUACAUCGAAGGACAUUGUUGAGGGGUCCACAAAUUUAAAUCUUGCAUUUGUUGCACAGAUAUUUCAGCAUAGGAAUGGGCUUACUAUAGAUAAAGCAAAGGCUUCGCUUACUGAGAUGAUGACCGAUGAUGAAAGUACAUCAAGGGAAGAAAGAUGUUUUAGAAUGUGGAUCAACAGUCUUGGAGUUGAAACACAUGUUAACAAUGUGUGGGAGGAUGUCAGAAAUGGAUGGGUUCUUCUUGAAGUGCUUGACAAACUUGCCCCUGGGUCGGUUAUUUGGAAGCAAGCAUCGAAACCUCCGAUUAAAAUGCCUUUUAGAAAAGUUGAGAAUUGUAACCAAGUUGUAAGGAUUGGGAAGGAAUUAAACUUCUCACUUGUAAAUGUUGCUGGAGAUGAUAUUGUUUCAGGAAACAAGAAACUCAUAAUAGCUUUUUUAUGGCAAUUGAUGAGAUUUAGCAUGCUUCAACUUCUCAAAAACUUAAGAACUCAUGGUCAAGGCAAAGAGAUAACUGAUGCUGAUAUCCUACAAUGGGCCAACAUGAAAGUCAAACAGUCAGGGAAAAGACAAAUGGAUAGCUUCAAGGAUAAACGCCUAUCGGAUGGUGUUUUCUUCCUUGAGCUUCUUAGCGCGGUGAAAAAGAGGGUUGUAAACUGGGGUCUUGUUACCAAAGGCGAGAGUGAGGAGGAUAAGAAGUUAAAUGCAACAUAUAUAAUUAGUGUUGCAAGAAAGCUUGGAUGCUCCAUCUUUUUAUUGCCUGAGGACAUUCUUGAGGUUAACCCGAAGAUGAUUCUGAUCCUAACAGCAAGCAUCAUGUACUGGAGCUUGUUACAGAAGUCUAAAGGUGAUGAAGAAGAUGGGAACGCGCCUGAACAAGAGGGCAACGCGCCAGAACAAGAUGGGAACACGCCUGAACAAGAAGGCAGUGCACCUGAAGAAGAAGGCAACGCAGCCAUCGAUGAAGGAGACGGUCUUAGCGAGAUGCAAGAAAAGACCACUGAAAGUGAAAACAAUAAUGAAUAAUUACAAAAACAUAUGUGUAACAUUAAUCAACCAUAAUAAUAAGUAAAUUUUGUCCAUUUUCUGUUA